AUGUCCUUUCUUACGCACUUUCCUGCUCAAAGCGUAACAUUCACUUAUCCCUCAUCAAACCGAUCGGAUAACAUUAUGUCCCAAGUCCCAGACCACGCAGGAUACCCCAUACUUCAAACCCCUCCAACCGAAAAUGACGCCCUACUCCCCCGUCUGUCGGACGACAACGAAGCGAUAGCAAACGAAAGACCGCUGCGACGUAUCCCAGAUUCUCUGCCUCGAUCAGUGUGGUCAAUAGCGCUGGUCGAGGUCUGCGAUCGAUUCGCCUUCUUCGGUCUUGCAGCUCCCUUACAAAACUACCUUCAGAAUGCAAAGGAUGACCCUCUGCGCCCUGGUGGUCUGGGCCUUGGACAGUCAUACGCCACCUUAAUAAACCUAUCAUUUACAGUUUGGUGUUACGUGACACCGAUCUUUGGCGCCAUCAUCGCUGAUCAAUAUCUUGGGAGAAAAGCAACUAUCACACAUGCUAGUCGGAUAUAUGCAGUAGGGCUGUUCAUUCUCUUUGGCUCGUCUCUUUCUGUCUUCGAAAGCAGCAGUGUUCCUAUCCUGGCAUUGCUUGCAGCAAUGCUAUUGAUCGGUAUUGGUGCAGGCGGUAUCCGACCCAAUGUGAAUUCGUUGAUCGCAGAGCAAUAUCAACCUGCGGAGCAGCGUGUACAUAAACUUGACACUGGGGAGAAUGUUUACGUUGAUUAUGAUAUGACUAUUCAAAGGAUAUUUAUGAUUUUCAUCAUGCUAACAAACGCGGGCUCCCUCUCCUCUAUCCUAACAACCACAAUUGAACACCGACAAGGCUUCCCCGUUGCCUUCCUACUCCCAGCGCUGACUUUCACUCUCAUCACAAUAUUAUCCCUCUCCCAAAAUACAUACUCCUCCCUACCCACAACAGGAUCAACCACUCUCCACGCCUUCCAAGCUUUUUACAUCGCCGCCCGAAACAACUGGACCCUAGACGCAGCCAAACCGAGCGCUGAGAACCGUCACCCAUGGCCAGAAACCUUCAUUGACGAACUUCGCCACUGUCUACGAGCCAGUCGGAUCUUCCUCUUCUACCCUAUCUUCUGGGCAUCCUAUAACCAGAUGCUAACGAGCUUCAUCUCUCAAGCUGCCAAUAUGAAUACACAUGGUUUACCGAAUGAUAUCAUGUUUGCCAUCAACCCGCUUAGUAUCUUGCUGAUCAUCCCGGUUCUAGACCAAGUCCUUCUUCCCCGGAUCCGACGCGUUGGAUUGGAUCUAUCCCCGAUCAUUAGGAUCACCGCUGGGUUCUUCCUUUGCGGUCUCGGCAUGGCCUAUGCCGGGAUUCUCCAAUACUCCAUCUAUCACUCUCCACCCUGCUACACCUCUCCACGCUCUGUAGGAUGCCCUGAUCCAAACAAUGUACACAUAGCCUGGCAAGCACCAGUCUAUAUCAUCCUAGCAAUCUCGGAAAUCUUCAUGUCCGCCACCGGAUUGGAAUACGCGUACAGCCACGCCCCCGGCUCCAUGAAGUCAACUAUCAUGGCACUUUUCCUAUCUACAUAUACACUGGGGUCUCUGUUGUCGAUGCUAAUCACGCCCUUUUUGGUCGACCCGCUGAUGACCCGGGCGUAUGCCGUGUUGGGUAUCGGGACUUGGGGUUCUGGAGUGGUAUUUUGGGUUUAUUUUGGGGGGAAGCGGGGGAACUGA